GUUACCCCGGCAACGGCGCCGCAGCGUAGCGCGGAGCCCGGGCCCCGGCCUCAGGAUGAUGCUCUCGCGGGCCAAGCCGGCCGUGGGGGGUACCCCGCCGCCGGGAGACAGACGGAGGAAGAAAGGGAAGGAGGUGCCACAGUUGGAAGAACUCUUGGCCCAGAGAGACUUCACCGGCGCGAUCGCCUUGCUGGAGUUUAAACAGCACGUGGGUGAGGAGGAGGAGGAGGAUGGCAGCCUCUGGAUCGGAUACUGUGCAUUUCAUUUGGGUGACUACAAAAGAGCUCUGGAGGAAUAUGAGGCUUUAACCAAGCAACCAACUUGCAGUCCAGAUGUUUGGGUGAACCUUGCCUGUACAUAUUUCCUUCUGGGUAUGUACACGCAAGCAGAACAAGCAGCUUUGAAAGCACCUAAGAGUGGUCUCCAGAACCGUUUACUUUUUCACUUGGCACAUAAGUUCAGUGAUGAAAAGAAACUGAUGAGCUCUCACCAGAACCUGCAAGAUGUUACAGAAGAUCAGCUUAGCCUGGCAUCUAUCCACUACAUGCGGUCACACUACCAGGAAGCUAUUGAUAUCUACAAGCGCAUUCUGCUGGAUAAUCGGGAGUACCUGGCUCUGAAUGUAUAUGUGGCCCUGUGCUAUUACAAACUGGAUUACUAUGAUGUAUCACAGGAAGUGCUAGCCAUUUAUCUUCAGCAAGUUCCUGACAGCACCAUUGCUCUUAACCUUAAAGCUUGUAACCAUUUCCGACUUUACAAUGGAAAGGCUGCAGAGGCAGAGCUCAAGAACUUGACAGACAGUGCUUCAUCAUCUUUUGAGUUUGGCAAGGAGCUCAUUAAGCACAAUCUGGUGGUUUUCCGAGGAGGAGAAGGGGCUUUGCAAGUCCUACCUCCUCUGGUUGAUGUUGUUCCUGAGGCAAGACUGAAUCUUGUGAUUUACUAUCUCCAGCAAGAUGAUGUGCAGGAGGCUUAUAACCUGAUUAAGGACCUGGAACCUACAGCUCCACAGGAGUAUAUCCUCAAAGGGGUGGUAAAUGCAGCACUUGGACAGGAAAUGGGCUCGAGAGAUCAUCUGAAAAUUGCUCAACAGUUCUUCCAGUUAGUGGGGGAAUCAGCCAGUGAAUGUGAUACCAUUCCAGGGAGACAGUGCAUGUCCUCCUGCUUCUUUCUUCUUAGACAAUUUCCUAAUGUCCUAAUUUACCUCAACUCAAUAAAGAGUUACUUCUACAAUAGUGACACUUUUAACUUCAACUAUGCCCAAGCCAAAGCUGCAAUGGGCAAUUUUAGUGAAGCUGAAGAGGUGUUCCUUUUGAUCCAGAGUGAGAAGAUAAAAAGUGAUUUUGUUUACCUUAGCUGGCUGGCUCGCUGCUAUAUUAUGAAUAAGAAACCGCAGUUAGCCUGGAAGCUCUAUCUGAAGAUGGAAACCUCAGGGGACUCCUGUAACUUAUUGCAGCUCAUUGCAAAUGAUUGUUACAAAGCUUCCAGCUACCAAAGGAUGGGAGGUUGUGCUCAGUCUGCCUUCUGUGAUCUCUCAUGGGAAGAUGCUAGUCACAAACAACAUUGCCCUUCAGGCUUGCCCAAGUGGAGAACACUCAUACAGCCCACAUGAGAUAUGUUAUGCUGACUUCAAAAGCCACAGUUAAUCUGGUCACUCCUUUUGCAUUGCCUGUUGCCAAGCAACUUGCUCCUGGUUCCCAAUUACAAAUAGAGAACCUAAGACAGGGAAGAUAGGGUACAAACUGAAUUUUCCUAUGCUAAGGAAAAUUUUAUAUUAUAGAGUCACCGAAUCUUUUUUUGUACUGUAUUGUAACAGCGAAGAAAAACGUUUAAGUUAAACCCAGAAGAUAAACAAAUAUGUGGCCAUGUCUACAUGGGGAAAUUUUCAAAUGUCUGGACUAGUUGGAUGUUGAUAUUCUGUCAAGAGUUUCAGUAUAGUUGGUACAGCACUAGAUAAGGCCACCUCAGAAAAUGUUAUAAUACCACCUGUUUCCCAUUUCCACAACUGCAGUGUCCCUGUUCUGUGUCACUUGCUGCCUGCAGAAAAACAGAAAAAUGCACAUUGCUUCUACAACUACUUCUACUGCUGAUUUCAGAAAACUGAGCUCAGUGUU